AUAAAAUCCGAAAACUUAAUGGGACAGACCUAUCCAAGUAACCAAACACGUCCUCAAUUUAUAACGCAUAUCGCUUGUGCUUUAUAGAGUUGUACGAUUGCAAUUCCCCUCCGUCAUUGAGCUGUAGCAUUGUCUCCUCACCGAUUUCCUCUUCGCACCCGAUCUGCUCCGAAGCUCCAAUCGACAUAUUCCUGGGGUGUCAAAGCAAACCUUAAAGCAAUUCUACCAAGGUCGAAGGUAUAUAGCCAAUAAGAAAGAUGCCUCCACAGAAAAUAGAAACAGGCCACAAUGAUGUUGUUCAUGAUGUGUCGAUGGAUUAUUAUGGAAAACGUGUGGCAACGGCUUCAUCAGAUGGCACUAUAAAAAUAAUUGGCGUGAGCAACAACUCUUCGCAGCAUCUGGCUACUCUGACUGGUCAUCAAGGUCCGGUAUGGCAGGUAAUUUGGGCACACCCCAAGUUUGGCUCGACACUGGCUUCUUGUUCUUAUGACGGUAAAGUCAUCAUCUGGAAGGAAGGUAAUCCGAAUGAAUGGUCCCAAGCUCAUAUUUUUAGUGAUCACAAAUCUUCAGUCAAUUCCAUUGCUUGGGCACCCCAUGAGCUGGGAUUGUGCUUGGCUUGUGGUUCCUCGGACGGGAACAUUUCAGUCUACACAUCUCGAUCUGAUGGUGGCUGGGACACUACAAAAAUAGACCAAGCUCAUCCUGUUGGGGUGACCUCAGUUACAUGGGCCCCUUCAAUGGCACCAGGUGCGCUCGUUGGUUCUGGAGUAUUGGAACCAGUUCAGAAGCUUGCUUCUGGUGGCUGUGAUAACACUGUGAAGAUUUGGAAGCUCUACAAUGGUAUAUGGAAGAUGGACUGCUUCCCAGCCCUCCAAAACCACUCGGAUUGGGUGAGAGAUGUUUCUUGGGCACCAAACUUGGGACUUCCAAAAUCAACCGUCGCGAGUGCCUCUCAAGAUGGUACUGUUGUGAUAUGGACCGUGGCCAAGGAAGGUGAUCAGUGGGAAGGGAAAGUCUUGAAGGACUUCAAGACUCCCGUUUGGAGGGUGUCGUGGUCUCUUACUGGAAAUCUACUGGCUGUGGCAUCUGGCGAUAAUAAUGUCACACUGUGGAAGGAAGCAGUAGAUGGGGAGUGGCAAGAGGUAACCACCGUUGACCAAUAGAAGUCGGGUCCUUUUUUUAGCAGUCCAAACAUAACCAGAAAAGUGAGACAUAUUUUGUUUGUUUUCAUUCAUCCAUACAAGUUUGGGCAUCGUUUAAGACCAAUGCUUUUCAGUUUUCAUGUACUCUAAAUUCAUUGUAGUUGAAUCAUUUUAUCUGCAUUAGAUGAUUAUGGGAAGGGAAUGUGAUUAUGGUGA